UUGUUCGGACUAGAAAUGAACAGGACUGUCCAGGUGAACGUGCGCUGUGCUAAAGGUGAAUCACGUGGUUCAGUGUGGAAAACAAAAACCCCACUCUGCUAUAAAAGCCCCUCAGGGAGGCAGAGCUCAGAGUCUUGGCUGCAGGUGUUGCAGAGCGUCAUGGAGGUUUCUGCAACAUUUCUCCUGUCGGUGCUGAUCUUGGCUCUCCUCUGGUUCUUCUCUGGUAAAAACACCCAGAAGUACCGUUUGCCUCCUGGACCCAGUCCGCUGCCUCUCAUAGGAAAUCUGCUGCAAAUGAAAAAGACGGCGCCGUUUAAAAGCUUCCUGGAGUUCAGUAAAACCUACGGUUCUGUGAUGACCGUCUACCUGGGCUGGCAGCGGGUCGUUGUUCUGGUCGGAUACGAGGCGGUGAAGGAAGCUUUGGUGGAACAAGCAGACGACUUCACAGGCAGAGCGCCGGUGCCGUUUCUGCACAAAGCCACCAGAGGAUACGGAAUUGGUAUCAGUAACGGUGACCGCUGGCGUCAGCUGCGGCGCUUCACUCUGUCGACUCUACGAGACUUUGGGAUGGGAAGGAAAGGGAUGGAGGAGUGGAUCCAGGAGGAGAGCAAACACAUGAGGGCUCGCAUCCGCACCUAUAGAGGUGAAUCUUUUGACCCAACCAUCUUGCUGAGCCGCACCGUGUCCAACGUGGUCUGCUGCCUGGUGUUUGGACAGCGCUUCAGCUACGAAGACAAGCAGUUUGUGAAUCUGCUGGCUGUCAUAACUAAGAUCGUCAGGUUCAAUAGCAGCCCUAAGGGCGUGAUGUACAACAUCUUCCCGUGGCUCAUGGAGCGACUUCCUGGCAAGCAGCACGCCGUUUUUGCAAAGGUGGAGGAGAUCCGAGACUUUGUCAAGACGAAGAUCCAAGAGCACAGAGACACACUGGAUCCCAGCUCUCCCAGAGACUUCAUCGACUGCUUCCUGAUCCGUGGUCAAGAGGAAAAAGAAAAUCCCUCCACUGAGUUCCACCACGACAACUUGGUGGCCACCGUGAUGAAUUUGUUCCUGGCGGGAACAGAAACCACCAGCUCCACCAUCAGACACGCUCUCAGUGUGCUGAUCAAGCACAGAAACAUUCAGGACAAAAUGCAGGAGGAGAUUGACUCUGUGAUUGGACGGGAGCGAUGCCCCAACAUGGAGGAUCGGAAAUCCCUGCCGUUCUCGGACGCCGUCAUCCAUGAAAUCCAGCGUUUUCUGGACAUCGUCCCCUUCAGCGUCCCUCACUACGCUCUGCAGGACGUUUCGUUCAGGGGUUACACCAUCCCAAAGGACACUGUGGUCGUGCCGCUGCUGCACUCUGUGCUUAAAGAGGAGAAGCAAUGGGCGACUCCGCAUUCCUUCAACCCGCAGCACUUUCUGGACCAGAACGGCAACUUUAAGAAAAACCCAGCAUUCCUCCCUUUUUCUGCAGGGAAAAGAGCCUGUGUGGGCGAGUCUCUGGCUCGUAUGGAGCUUUUUAUCUUCAUAGUGACUCUCCUGCAGGACUUCACCUUUACCUGCCCUGAAGGUCCCGACAGCAUCAACCUCAUUCCAGAGUACAGCAGCUUUGCCAACCUGCCUCGUUCUCACAAAAUCAUCGCGACGCCAAGAUGAAACAGGAAAACCUGUUUCCAUCAAAAUGAGAGUAAAACUUUGUUUAAAAAAAA